AUGAAUGAGAUGCAAGAUGUGGUUCGAGCCAUCAAUUUAACCAAGUGCUACCCCAAGAAGGCGAAGCCAGCCGUCAACCAAUUAACCUUUGGCGUGCGUCCAGGGGAAUGCUUUGGAUUGUUGGGUGUAAAUGGAGCAGGCAAAACGACCACAUUCAACAUGCUUACUACAACCAUCCAUCCAACAAGCGGAACAAUUUUGAUUGGGGAUUGCAACAUUACAGAAAAGUCAGGAUUGAGUUCACACGAUUUGAUUGGCUAUUGUCCACAAUUUGACGCCCUUCUCUCGAACCUAACGGGUUUUGAGACAUUGCAGCUGUUUGCACGUAUUCAUGGUUAUCCGGAGAGGGUGAUCUCCACCUUGGCUAAUCGACUGAUUGAUAGGAUGUCUCUAAGUCCACAUGCCAACAAACCAGUGCACACAUAUUCCGGUGGAAAUCUACGCAAAUUAUCCACCGCCGUGGCAACGGUUGGUAAUCCACAGGUCCUUCUUCUUGACGAACCGACAUCUGGAAUGGAUCCGGGCGCGAAGCGAUGUCUGUGGGAGGUGAUAAAGUCUCUUCAAAAAGCCGGAUGCUCUGUGGUACUCACUACACACAGUAUGGAAGAAUGUGAAGCGCUGUGCAAUCGUCUAGCCAUCAUGAUGGAUGGUCAGUUUCAGUGUUUCGGUACAGUGCCCCAUCUGAAACAACGCUUUGGUGAGGGCUACAUUCUAGAAGUUGAUCUGAGAGUUGAUGAACCAAAUCCACAGAGACUUUUUCCACCUCCCACUUCUAUCACGCUCACCGAUGCUGUCGGUAAGAAGUGCAACUUUGAAGCACACGGAGAGGUGCGCCUGUCAAAGAUAUUCCGACAACUCCUGGAUCUACGCUCUGCGGGUAAAAUCACCACAUUUGCAGUUCGACAGGUCUCGUUGGACUCCGUUUUCGUGAACUUUGUCCGGUCCUAUGAGAAUGCGAAAGAGGAUGGUGACUUUGAUGGCGAUCUGUCAGGUGGAGAACCCGAUCGAGUGGAAGCGUUUUAG